GUUUUGGCGACCUUUAAUGUAUCCAAAAUUGAAGAGGAAGAAAACUUUUGGUUCAACAGUUGCACUGUGUGCCACAAUGAAGUAACCAGAGUCGAAAUGAAAUUUAAAUGUGAGGCAUGUAACCGCAGCUUUCCAUAUUCUGAUAAGAGAUUUAGGAUACUGGUCCUAGCCGAUGACAAGACUCAUGCAUGCAAUGUGUUAUUAUUCGAUCGUAUUGUAAAACGACUUCUUGGAACGACCGUCACCAACAUUCUUUCUGAAAUGAAGAAGUCACCCGAUAGCGGUUCAGUGAAAGAGAUGUAUAAAAGAAUCAUAGGCAAGGAGAUUUCUGCUAAGAUCCUUCUUUCUGAAGGCAAUAAGAGUGGUGAGAGCAAUAUAUAUGAGGCUGUCGACCUUUUCGACCCCACAAUGCUUGCUUCUUCUUCUGGUGAAAAAUCUCCAGAGACCAAUACAUCAGCAUUCUCUCAUCCAGGGGUUGUCCCUGGAAUUGAACUGUUCCAGACUCCCGGGUCAGCAAGUUCUGUCUCGAAGAAGAUUAAGACGGAAGAAGAUGUAGUCCAUAUCGGUUAGACCAGGGUCUUCUUGGCGAGGUCUACAUUGCAGACCGCACUUGAUUUGUUUCCUGUUAUUCAAUAAAGUUGUCAAAGUACAAGCGUGUUUCCCUGUUUUGCAUUGCUAUUUGAAUUAUGUUUGUAAUAAAGUUUUCAGCCUUCUGAAUUUACAUUGAAGAUUGCAUCUUUUUAUGUACUCAUUGGUGGUUUGUUUAAAUAUUUAUCUAGGUCUUUUUGCCGU